CCUAUCCUGAUCCCACAGCGGUCAGCGGUAUUUGAAGCUUAAAGUUAAGAGUCUUUCGAGUGUUUUUGCCACGUACAAGUACUUUACGUUUUACGGAGCGUAAUAUCAAAUUAGUAUUAGGCGAGUCUUAAAGAUAAUGUGGAAAUAAAGUAAUAAUCCAAAAGAUAACACAUCAUUGUGCCAAAAAUAUGGGUAUGGAGAAACACUACAGGGACGAGGAACUCUCUGAGUACCUCUACCCUCCAGAAAUAUUACAGAAAUUAGAUUUUACUAAGAGUCCUGCUACUUUUAAACCAAAAAUAAGUGCAGCAAGCCCAGGAGAGGAUUGGAUGGUUGUCAGACCUCUCCAGAGGUCUGAUUAUGAUAAAGGUUUUCUACAAUUAUUAAGCCAAUUAACAAGCACUGGGAAUAUUUCAAAAAAACAAUUUGAUGAGAGAUUCACUCAAAUGAAAAUGUCUGGUGGGUACUAUGUCACAGUCAUAGAAGACAAGAGACUGGCAAAGAUCAUCGGUGCAGCCACACUCACUGUGGAACAAAAGUUCAUACAUAACUGUUCCUUGAGAGGCCGUUUAGAAGAUGUUGUAGUGAAUGAUACCUACAGAGGAAAACAACUGGGAAAACUUAUUGUUGUGACAGUAUCGCUACUAGCCCAUGAGUUGGGCUGUUACAAAAUGUCGUUAGAUUGCAAAGACAAGUUAAUUAAGUUUUAUGAAAGCCUUGGUUAUAAACUUGAGGCUGGCAAUUCUAAUGCUAUGAAUAUGAGGUUUGAAGAGCCAUCUUGACAAUUAGCCGCUGGGUCAUCCGACUUGCGCUCGAAACUGUAAGUGUACAAUGACAGCUAGCAACGGACUUCGCAACAACACUACAAGGUAGACGUCAAAUUAAACGGUGUGAAUAUAGUCGCAAAUGGUACAAUCUGAACAAUGUCAAAAUUAUGUUACCCAAUAAAAUAAGUAGCUUUCGUAUUUAUAAAUAUUUGUUAAUAGCCAAGUUUUCUUACGUUUAUACUUAUUAAAAAUGUAUUUAAAAAAAAAUGCCGAAUUGUAGCCCUUUUUCGGGUUUAAUAGAAAUCAGUUAAAAAUAAAAUUCAUUAUAGUUAACAAAAGGAUAUCGACCAGUGAAUUUUUAUUAAACUUUCUACGUACGAUAAACCGACGCAUUAAGCAUAUUUUUUUAACCAAAACCCUUCCAGUUAUGAGUUUUAUAUUUAGAAAAAUAGGCAAAUAUUGUACCAGAUUACUCAGCUUUUAGUAUAGUUGAUAAUAAAUAUUUCAAAACAUGUGUUUGUUGUGAUUUCUGCAAAGUUGUUUUUGUGUUUACAGUCGCAGGGUCAAUUUUUUUAUCCAUCAAAUAUCUUUUUCACAAUGUGAAGAUUAUAUUUGAUGGGGUAUUUAAUUGAUUAUGGAUGUCUCAGCAGAUAAGUUUUAAGUUUUGAUAAAUGUUCUCGCCAUUUAGCUUUGCUUAAUGUUAUUUGCCAUUAACGGAUAGUUUUUUGUUAUUUAAUACAAACCGUCCGUUACAUAUUGGAAUUAAUAUUGUUUUAAUUUGAUACUAACAUUCUUAUAUUAAAUGUAUCGCUUUUAA